UUUCUUGGAAUAGAUCGUGAUGCGCAGCAUUUCGGUGUUUUGGCCUUUGGAAUUUUGAGAUUGCUCCAUAAUACCGCAUCGUCACUUCAACUGCGCUCACUGUGAGUAACACGGAGACGUUACUUAAGGAUAUUCGCACGGCAACGGCUCGAGAAAGGCGGCGUCGAAAGUUUGUGAGCUGUUUCAUGAUCUCAGUGCCGGGGGCGGGCAGCCGCAGGGCCCUGUCCGUGAUCACGAUGUCGCACUGCGAUAUCGCAUGACAAGGCGCUAUUUACGGGGAUCAGUGAUUCCCGUCUGUCAUGUCUGGCUACGUUUGUACGGAACGAAGACACGCAAACCCCCGUAGAGCUACCGCUGAUGGACGAUCAGAGCGACCCAACUUUUCGAUCGGGCUGUCGCCGGGAUUCUGCAAGAGCUCCUGAUGUUGCAGACUUUCGUCAUUGAUGCUGGAAAGUGCUGGUUCUUACAUGCCUUGCCAUCAUGUCAUGGCGGACCGAGCAUCGGGCUUGUCACGGACGAUCUGUAUAUUGCUGAUGCUGAUGGUUUGCCUGUCCGUGAGCCGUGCCCAGAAGGGCGCGGGGUGGACCCCGGAGGCCUACCCCAACCCGCAGACACAGCCCGCCCUCUGCGGCAGGCCCAACACCUACAGAAACUCCUCCUGGAUCUGUGACCCGGACGGUAUCCUCACCAGAUGGCAAGCUGAUGAGCUUGAUGAAUAUCUGGAGAGUGUGAGAUGGGAGACGCCCUGUCCCUGUGACGUGUGUGACGGAGUGGCAGACGGCUACAACAUCGCUGUGGCUCUCAUGAGGAGCAUGGCUGUCACUGAUAAAUCACACAAUGUAUCGUACAGAGCACAGAAUUUUGCCAACUACCUGCGGACUACGACGUGGGACUAUGGGUCAUGUGAUGAGGGCGUGGUCAUCUUGAUUUCUCAGAAAGAAAGACGGAUCUAUACUUCAGUCAGCAAAGAAGUCGGACUCAAAGUGACCCCAUUCCGUCGGGAAAGCAUCUAUGAGAAGCGACGCGGCCUGUUCUCCAUUGAUGACUACCAGAUGGGACUGGCCACCUUGGUGUUCGACUACAAGACCGUCCUGAUCGGUACGUACCAGGACGUAGAGGAGAUGGCAGAACAGAACCUCAGCACGGUCAUCAGCGGCGUCUGCGUGGCCCUGUCUUUCUUCUUCUGCUGUGGGUGCUGCAUGAUCCUGGGGAAGCACGAGGUGGAGACGCGUGGGAACAUGACCCCCUCCACCAGCAUGGGUACGGAGACGGCAGAACUGAUGGCGCAGAAGCCGGGCCAGGGCUACACCAGUGUGGCGGGGUUCGGCGGGGGGGAUGCAGGAGCAGAUGCAGGGGAUGCCGGGGGAGGGGAUGCUGGUGGCUUCUAGAUGUUUUUCUGGGUAAAAAACAUGGACCGAGCACCAGCCACAGGAGGAAGAUAGCACAAACCCAUGUACUAUACAGACGCACCAUUGAUGGUCUUCAGUGGCAUUUCUUCAGAGAAGCAUUUAGUGUCAUUUGUUUGCUCAUUUGUUUUAUCAAAACCCUCUGGUACAAGCAGGGCCAGAAUAAACACUAAAACAUGAAAAUGUCCAAAGUAACUAUAUUGAAGAUAGCACACAAAUAGCACAUACUGUAACUGUGUUUUAUAUUUAAAUGUGUUGUAGGACUGCAAACAGUAUGUAAGGUUGUGCUAUUUUUCUGCUAGCAAGAUAAAACACCCUAUGUGCCCUUUUGGUACGGUGUAAGAGUUUAAUUUUGAUGUGUUGUUUGACUGCUGUGCUCCUGACCCUGCCUCACUAUGCACUAAGGGAGCUCCUUGCAAGGACUUGUUUGUUUGAACCUUGGGAAGGAUUUUGAAGUCUGAACUGUGUGGAUUGAUGAAACUGACAAACAGAAGUCUGGAAGAACACCAGCGACACGUUGACCCAGGACAAGGCAAGUAAUUAGAAGACAAACAAGAUACCGGAAAUGGACGGACGUGUUUUGAAGAACUGGCAAUCACAAUGACAUUGAUUAAGAAUAGUGACGGCCGGACGGGCAGAAGAUGGAUAAUUUUUGUACUGAUAUAUUUCAAGUUGUAUGUAUUACAAUGAACUCUGGCUCCAAAUACUUGAACUCCAAACAACCUAAUGAGCAACAGCAUAAGCAGCAAUUGCCUUUGACAAAGUGCCUGUUAAAAGAGCGAGUAAAGUUGUGUCUAGAAGUUGCAAGUUAAGUCACUGUUUAACUCAAACAAUGAAACAUCAAAGGAAGUUGACAUUGUCCUGGUUUGUAACGUCAGCUAGUCCCUCAGUUGACAUGCACGGGACUUGUUAUGUGUGUCAGGUUUUCAAGAUUGACAGUAUAGUUUUGAUGCUCAGCACCUUUGUAGAGAAAUGUAGGCCAUGUCUUUACUCCUCACCAGGUCUCAGACUUAGAAAGUGUCACAAACCAGAAUGAGGUCAAUGUUAGAAGUCAAGAUUUGAAAAUAGCCACUACUCAUAGACAAAGGCAGUCCUCAAGUGUUGUAGAAUUCAGGUUGGAGUAGACUAGCUGCACAAUUGAAAAGCUUCUUUUGCAAGGAGUGUUAAUUGAAUCAUUAUCUAUCAUAGGUGAUUUCUAAAAGCUUUAAGACAUAAUUGUUAGGAAGCAAUUUAUAAGAACUGUCAUAAAACAGUUACAUGUUUAUUUCAAAGCAAAAUACUUUUAUACAUAGUUCAUUUGCAAACCAUGCAUUGUGUAAAUCAAACGGUGGGAUUCCCCACCAGAUUUAGAGACACAGUGUGUCAUCCAUAAAAUCCAGACUGUGUGGCCUUGCUAAGAAUCAGUUGAUCUGUACCUUUUGAAACCUAUGCAGUGUGAAGCAGUUUGCUGCUAUUGCCACUAUGCUUGGAAUAUUAUAUGAGAUAUUCUGGCUCAGUUUAAGAAGUAAGGCAUGACUCUGGAAAGUUGCCUAUAAAAUGCUCACAAGAAUUAUAGGAUAAAAGACUAUAUAUGUAUAAGGAAAUGGAGACAGUAUAUGCUAAGAUGAGCCAUUUUUACACUCCCAAGUCAAUACUGAUUUAUGGUAUUUGCCAUCUCAAUAAAAUAUAUCAACAUCAAAACAAG